CCAGGAAAAACCAAAAGAAAACAGGAAACAGUUUUCUCUGCCUUUAAAUUCAGUAGUAAAUCCUCAUAGUUUGUCAAUUUUUUCAUUGAAUUGAAUCAAACAAUCAAUCAGUUGAAUCUGCAAAAUGGCCUCAAUCAAUGUGACAGAAAUGAACUCAGUGCAACUCCAUCAAUCAAGAAUGGCGAUGCUCUCAGAGUCAAUCAAAUCGAUUGCAUUCAAGAAACAACAGAUAACGAAAGAAUACGAAAAGGGUGAUGAAGUUGAAGUGGCAAGUCAAGAAUUGGGCUUCAUAGGCUCUUACUACGCAGCAACUAUUAUUUGUUCCACUGGCGACGAUUACUACAGAAUCAAGUACAAGACUCUGUUGACAGAUGAUGAAUCUGAGCCACUAGAGGAUGUUUUCUCUGCAACCGAGCUCCGCCCUGUUCCACCUCAUCAACAUGAAAAAAUUCCAGAAAACGGAUUCCGUCUAUACGAUAUGGUUGAUGUAUUUGACAACGAUGGAUGGUGGUUUGGAUUUAUCAGUGCGAGAGUUGGAGAUGAGUACUAUGUCUACUUCCCUACAACUGCAGAUAACAUUGCAUAUCCUCCUCAUCUGUUGAGAAUUCAUCAAGAAUGGUCUAAUGGCAAGUGGAUAUUUCUUCCAUGACAGUGAAGGAUUUUUGACUUGCACUGAUCUUUUGAUUUCAAGAAAUUCUUGAUUUACUGUAAUUUGAUAUGAAUGUGACUUAGCUUAUUGAUCAGUCUCUUUAUCCCAAUUCAUCAAGUUUAGUUGCAAAUUGUUAUAUUGAUGAUUAUGAUUUCAAUAUGCUGUAAUCUGUAUAGUGAGAAACGAGAAUAUAUGAACUUGUUACUCUGUUUUUUA